GACCUUUGAAUCACAUGCUCGGGGAUUUCCAACUCCUAAAAAUUAAAGCAUUUAACUUUUAGUUGUGGUUAUUUACAUUGUCGACAGAUCUCAGGCCUCUAGCGAGUCUGAAUCUUACGUUUUAUUUAAUGAAUGACGAACUUCCUCCGUGGAUGUUUGGCGUGCCUGUGAAAUCCGAGCAAAUGCAGCCCCGUCUAUUUUUGUCGCUGCUUUUGCUUUGGAGCUGAACGCCCACAGCUGUCUUGACUGAUACUGCUGCUGGCCUGAAAUGGUUGUUUAGAACCGACCGGCUCCCUCAAUUUUCCAGUCCCUGCCAUCAUGGACCUGUAUGAGAUCAGAGGAGGCAGGCUGGGUGUGAUUGCAGAGGAGGCUGAGCACCAGGAGUUAAGCAUAGAGUCUACUGCUAUGGAGACCUACAGUGCAGGCUCAUCUCCAUCUCCCACUGGAGCAGAAGAUGGAAGUGAUGAGGAUGAUGUCUUUAAGGAGGGAGAAACUGAGGGGGAGAUCAUCUCGAUUAGGGAUCAGUUGCAAGAGAAGGUUGCAGAGAUGGAGAGCUUCGCAGGUCAUCUGGAAGAGAUCUUCCUCACUGUAGAGGAGAAUUUUGGCCGUCAGGAGCAGCACUUGGAGCACCACAAUGACGUGCUGCAGACGUUGUCUCAGCGACACGAUGAGAGCGCAGCUGGAUUGCAGGAGGAGAAGAAGAGUAAGCUGGAAGCCCUGUACAGCCAGCUGCUGGCCUGUGGACGGGCGCUCGAUGCCUCCAAGGAGCUCAUUGAGACGGCGCAAGAGAUCUACCGCAGCCAGGACAAGAGGCUUUUCCUGAAGACAGUUAUGCCCACCAUUAAAAGAAUUGAGGAGUUUGCCAAAGAUGAGGUUGACUUCACGUUGUCUACACGUCUUGAAUUUAACACGCCGCUCGCUGACCUGUCGGAUGUCAAAACCAUGAUGGACUCGAUCAACGUCGUGCCGGCUCCAUCCGCCCCAGUAAUCAAUCCCCAGAUGCCCAACUCUGCCACCCAGACAUCCCUGCAUGUGUGCUGGAGCUUGUUCUCUGAUGACACAGUGGAGUACUACGAGCUUUACUACCGACCAGUGCUGGAGGAUACACCAGCAGACAGCACCUUCACACCGCUGGUAAGUAAGGCAACGGUGAAGGAGACACACUGUACUGUGGCAGAUCUGCUGCCCAAUGCUCAGUAUGAGCUCUGGGUUACAGCUACCAAUACCACAGGCAUCAGUCCAGCCAGCGAGAAGGCUUUAUACAUGACAGUGCCAUCACCUCCAGUGAUUAAGCAGAGGGAGUGCAGUAGCUGUCCAGAGGCUGCUCUGAUCCGCUGGGAGUCAGGAAACACCAACCCUGUAGACUCCUACACAGUGGAGCUCAGGGAGAUGGGUGCUGAUGGCACAGAGAGCAGCAUCACCGAGUCUAUAGUAGCAGUGCCCACCUGUCAGUGUCUGAUCCAGCUGCAGCCAGGCCGACGUUACCUCAUCUCUGUGAGAGCGGUCAAUGUCGGAGGGCCCAGUGACAGGAGUGAAGUCAUUACUGUCUCCACUACAGGUACAUUUUUCUAUCUCCUGGAGGACACUGCCCAUCCUUGCCUGUCCAUUUCUGAAGACGGAUUCACCAUCUUUUAUGGAGAUGAGGAACUUCCAAUAAGUGCCAUGGCCUUAGAUGAGAACACUUUCACUAGAUGUGUCGCUAUCCUAGGGGAUCUGAUUCCAGUGCGAGGCAGGCAUUACUGGGAAGUUGAGGUGGAUGAUGGGACAGAGUUUCGGAUCGGAGUUGCGUACGAGGACACAGAGAGGAACUCGUACCUCGGGGCCAACAGCACCUCGUGGUGUAUGAGACACAUUCUGAGUCCAUCCAGGCACAAAUAUGAGUUUCUGCACAAUGGUUGGAGUCCUGACUUGAGGAUCACAGUGAACCCCGUACGGAUUGGAGUGGCACUCGACUAUGAAAGAGGAACCCUGUCUUUCUUUAAUGUAAAUCUGGAACAACACCUGCACACCUUCCACUGUCACUUCCGAAAUUACGUCCACCCGUGUUUUAGCCUGGACAACCCAGGAGCACUUACUCUGCACAAUGGCAUAGAAGCUCCUGAAUACGCAUUCAUCUGACACCACAAGUAUCGGCAUGAAAUAAAACCCAGGGCAACGAGGAGAAGGAAUAACUCUCUUUAAUACUUACCAGAGUGCUUGGUGACAUCUAAUAAAACUAACAUUUGUAACACCAACCUCCAUUAAAAACAGACCUCUGUUACUAAAGACAAUCCAAGACUUUCAGAUGUUUUUAUUAU